AUGUUACGUAUAUUUUCCGAUAAAUUGCCUUUUGGAGACUUGAACGCCAAUGAUUUCGCGGCUGAUCGCUCGUCCUCUUUGCGUGGACACAGGGUUGGCACGAUCUGCAGUUGGUAGUCAUUAUUGACCCUCCCUCGCAUUCAAUACACAGUGGGAAUUUAAAAAAAAAGUUAUUCCUGCAAGUAAACCGAAAGCUGCACUGCACAGCCGCGGUUGUCCCAGUUUCAGAGGAGGAGUUGUAUGAAGAUCAUGCAAAGUGCAAGCCUGUGUAGAGAACCAAAGACAUUUCUUGUUAAAGGAUUGAUGCAGUGACUUUGGUACUCAUUGUCACCGAAUUCCUGCUGAAGUUCCAGCAUUUCUGCUCAGCUUGUCUUCUCCAAGCACCGAGGAGAUAGGAGGCAUUUAUGCACUCAAUCAACAUGUGGAGGCUUCCCAAAUUUAUUAUUUCUCUUUUUAUCCUAUCACGAGCAGUUAAUGCAACUAGUAAGUUGUUUGGGGAAAAUGACCGAGUUCAGAUGAUUUCUGAGGGCUCAGACUGCCGUUGUAAGUGCAUCAUGAGGCCUCUGACAAAGGAUGCGUGCAGUCGCAUCAGAAAUGGGAGCCUACGUUUUGAAGACUUCUACACAGUUGAAACUGUUAGCUCUGGGACAGACUGCAAGUGUUCCUGUACAGCUCCCCCAUCAUCUCUUAACCCUUGUGAAAAUGAGUGGAGAAUGGAAAAGCUCAAAAAGCAGGCUCCAGAAUUCUUUAAGUUGCAGUCACUGGUUGACCUGCUGGAAGGAACCUUGUAUAGUAUCGAUAUGAUGAAAGUUCACUCAUAUAUACGAAAAGUGGCAACACAGAUGAACAACCUUGAGGAGACCAUCAAAUCAAAUCUGACCAGAGAGAAUGACUUCAUGAAAGAAAGUGUGAAAACCCUCUCUGACCAAAUGAAGCGGUAUGAAAACUACUCCGAUAUUAUUCUGAGUGUAAAGAAGGAAAUUUCAAAACUGGGCCUGCAGCUGCUACAGAAAGAUGCAGCCGUGGAAGAUAAACAGCAGGACACCUCUGGAGCAACAGCCAAGGUCGUAAAGAAGUAUUCAAAUCAGGCAGAGAACAAGAAAAAAGCAGCAGCUCGAAAACUCCCUCCCAAAGUACUGAAAGACAAAGGAAUUAAAACAAAGAAGCCAGCUACCAAAACAAAACAGGCUGCAUCACCAAAAUUACCACAGCCCACCAUCAAGACCAAGCCUGGUAUCCAUCAGCCAGGUAUUGUAAAAAGUGUUACCUACUACAAAUCAGGAAGACUUGAAGACAUGGGAAAUGGUGGCAAGAAUAAUUCGCUUAAAGGGACUUUACGUUCUGAGGAUCCGGAGUCAAGAGCAGCAAACAAGACUCCAGUUUCUCGUGAAUCCGAAGUAGGUGGCCGGAGCACAGAGAAUGUGACAGCUGCUCCGUCUCCUGUCACCAGCAGCGCCGUGGCAAAAAGUACAGUGACUACAAGCACUGGUACAGUUGAGACUACCACGCUCAGCACCAACACACGCACUCGGUCAGCUGGGCCAAAUAAAGUCAGAGAAGGGGAGUGUUAUGGGACUUUGUCAAUGAUCGAACCUCCUGAGAAACAUCACAGUUACGGCCGUAAUGAGGGUGCCUGGAUGAAGGAUCCCUUAGCAAAGGAUGACAGGAUCUAUGUGACAAACUAUUACUAUGGAAACAACCUGGUCGAAUUCAGGAACCUUGAAAACUUUAAACAAGGGCGCUGGAGCAAUCUGUACAAGCUUCCUUAUAACUGGAUUGGAACAGGCCAUGUUGUUUAUAAUGGGUCAUUCUAUUACAAUAGGGCUUUUACCAGAAACAUAAUCAAGUAUGAUAUUAAGCAGCGGUAUGUGGCAGCCUGGACCCUUCUUCAUGAUGUGGUAUAUGAAGACACAACACCAUGGAAAUGGCGAGGACAUUCGGACAUUGAUUUUGCUGUUGAUGAAAGUGGCCUGUGGGUUAUUUACCCUGCCCUCUAUUAUGAGUACUCCCAGCAUGAAAUCAUAGUCAUCAGCAAACUGGAUCCUAUUGAUCUUUCAAUGAAGAAGGAAACAACUUGGAAAACAGGCCUCAAGCGCAAUUCCUAUGGCAACUGUUUCAUUAUUUGUGGUGUUUUAUAUGCAGUAGAUACUUACAAUGAAAAAGAAGGCCAAGUGUCUUAUGCAUAUGAUACUCACACAAACACUGAAAUAAAUCCAAAGUUACCCUUCAUCAAUGAAUUCACUUAUACUACACAGAUUGAUUACAAUCCUAAAGAGAAAAUUCUGUAUGCAUGGGAUAAUGGUCAUCAAGUCACCUACAAAAUUAUUUUUGCAUUCUGAGUUUAUACAGAAGCUCAACCUAUCACAAAGCACUUUUAAUUUCUCUUAUUUUGAUCAUUUACAUAGAAUGGGAAAUUUGCACUUGGGCUAGUAGAGAGGUUUAAAUAGUUGGAAUGUCUUUGGCAACUCUUGUCUUAUGACUUUACGAAUAACUAAUAAUUUUAUAAAAUGCAUGACAAUUUAUUACUGAUCUUUGUAGACAAGUUCUAUGUAAGAUACAAGCAUAACCACUGUAUUUCCUUCCUUUUAUUUCAUUCCAACAUCAUCCAGUAUUUACUGGCAAAUGACAAAAACAACAAAGCUCCUUCCUCUGCAUGACUAUACCAGAUGUCAACAAGGAUGAGCUGCAUUUCAAAUUGUGAUCUGAAUUACAUUAGAACUAUCAGAUUGGAUAUACCGCAUCCUUGAAGCAACACCAACAUGAGGCUGCACUUCCAAAAUUGUCUCAGUAACACUUACAUCAAGGAUCAACAGUUUGAUUAUAUCUGUAGAUAAUAUACAGAUGUUUCUUAAUGUUUACAACAGUUUAAGAAUCAGCUGAAAUUUCCCCUAUGAGUCUAGGUUAGUAUUAUACUGUGUGAUAACUUGCACUGUUUGUAUAAUCUUGUCAUGCAAUUAUCUGGAUAAAGUGUAAACUAGGGGCUAUACCUAAAAGCUUCAAGUACUGUACUCUAGUGCCUUUUGAUUAGGAAACAUAGAAAUCCUGUAAGACUGUAAACCGCCAAUGUAAAUUAUGCAAGUAGACUUUGGAUAAAGGAAUUAUAUAGGUCAAAAGCUGUUUCAGUACAAAGUAUAGAUAUUAUAGUAGUGCAGGAAAUACAUAAAUGUACCUUUUAUCAAGGUUAUUUCAGAAUACUUCUAACAGUAUUAUUUUGGAACACAGUCAGGCCUAAGCAUUGCUACAACCUGUCUGGAAAUAAAUAAGUACAAGCAGGACAUUUUGCAGGUCAAAGUACUAUUGCUUAGUCUAGAAUUUUAGAUAAUAAAAUUGAUAUGAAUGACUGCAAGUCUGGCAUUCUGCCUUAACUAUCACUCAAACCACUUCACUCACAAUUCAUUAGCUUAUACCAGCUAUUUUAAUUCAGAACUGCAACUCAGUUGAAAGCUUUUUGUUUUAGCCUUAAACAAAUAUUGUAGAAUAAUAUAGUACUUUGUAAAAUGCUUAUGUUUAUACCACAGCUCAUUUUUGUCAAAUGUUUUUGCAUCGUAUGGUGAUAAAAUCAUAUUUGAAAACAGAUGGCGCCGACAGAAAGCAUUUCAUUAAUGACGCCAUUCGAACCAGAGCUCAAUCUGCACAUUUGGUUAUUCCGAAAUAUUUGAAAAGAAACAUGACCAGGUUGCCAUGAGUUUUUGUCUCCUGUGGAUUAAGAACACUUACUUUGCAAGUAACUUUGAUCAAAGAUUUAAAAUUAAUUUUAAUUUUUAUAUGAAUUGGAAUUUUUACUUAAUGUGUGGUGUAAACACAAUUCAUGAUGAAUUGUGGGAUAUGAUUUUAUUCCACUUGUGGUCCUGAUCAUACUUGUGACUUUGUCCCUGAUUUAUAGGCCAUCUUUGUUAUACAAAUCUCAUCUUACAGAACCCUCUAUGCAUUAUCUUUGAAUUAUCACAUACACCUCAAAUAAGUGUCAAAUCGCUGCGAGCAUUAAAUUAUCAAAUUGAUUUUAAUAUAUAGCUUUUCACAAGUACAAUGAAUAAGUCACAGUAAAUCAGAUGACUAGUCAAUGGCAGCGACAAAGUAUUGUGGAAUAGUGGUUGGUUCAUCGUUUGCAUGGUAAUUGUCUGACUGUUUAAAGUGGACCAAAUCACAUGAACCUAUGCAAUAAACUACAGUAAUGUUUGCCAACUAUUGUUGCCAAGUAUCUGUCAUUAGUAUUUUAGUGACUUUUUUGAUCUGAGAAUGUUUAAAGCUUUUGGCUGUAAUUAAAUGUUCUUUUAAGAUGUCACUAAAAGGAAGAUGAGGUGCCUUUUAAAGAGAAUAUUCGUGAUAAUUCUGUUCAAUUUGUCUGUUGAAGCUAUAGUGGAACCUGUGAGCUUACUACUUACUUUCAAACAAUAAAACACUGAAGUGAAAAA